AUGAUGAAGAGGAUGAUGCUAUUGGGGGUACAAGAAGAGACCAGGGCAACAGUACCCCAGAGACACAUUCGUUUGUCUUUAAUGUCCCACCUACUGGUCGUCAACCACCAGCCCAACCAACACGUAGCAAGCACAUCACUGAGAGUGUUGCUAUCAUUGCUGAGCUCCAGGAGUAGCUUGUGUUCAGAUCAGAAGACGAAGAAAGCCAAAGCUCCAACACAUGCUUUCCAGAUGACAGGUGAGGAUGACAGAUUUGAUGAUGAGGUGAUUCUUGGAACCUUUUUGGUUAAUGAUUUUCCUACUUUUGUUUUGUUUGAUGAUGGUGAUACUAUAUCAUUUGUAUCCCCUACAUUUUGUGCUUAG